AUGAAUGCCUUUUUUGAUGGGUAUGUUCAUGCAAAAACGAACUUGAAGGAGUUUGUUGAUCAGUUUGACAACGCGCUGAGAAAGAAAAUUGAGAAUGAAACAAGCGCGGACUUCCACUCAUUUAGUGCCACAAUUCCCUGCAUUUCUAAAUCUCCCAUUGAGAAGAAAUUUCAAGAGUUGUACACGAACGCUAAAUUUAAGGAAGUUCAGCAGCAAGUUAUGGGUGUGCUUGAUAUGGAUCUAGCUCUAUAUAAAAGGGAUGGAUCCAUAAAAACCUAUCUUGUAGAGGAUGAAAUUCAUGUUGAGGAGUUCGCUAAACCGAUCACAUUUUCUGUGGAGUUUAAUGAGGAAAGUUGUGAUGCAAAGUACUCAUGUGGGUUAUUUCAGAUGAGGGGGAUACUGUGUCGGCAUAUUCUGGCAAUAUUCAAAUCCAACCAAGUAAAAUCAUUGCCAAGUAAAUACAUUUUAGAUCGAUGGAGGAAGGAUAUCAGAAGACAAUACACAUUGAUCCGCAGCAGCUAUGACGUAGAGGAUCAGAGGCCAGAUACGAACAGAUAUUCAGGUCUAUUGAAUGUAUGUUAUAAGAUGAUAACUCUUGCAGUGGGUUCCAUUGAGCACACCAUGGAUGCAUAUCAAAAGUUACAUGCAAUGAUUGCCUUAUAUCUUCAGAACCAACAACCCCCAUCUAUGACUGUAACGGGUUCAAAUGUUGUCUUACAUUCAGUUGAGACGACUACAAAUGGUAAUGGAAAACGAGUUCUAAGUCCACUUGUUGUAAGAGGGAAAGGCAUACCUCCGUCUCUAAGGAAAGCAUCGACAUUGAAGAAGCGAGUGUUGAAAGUUAAAGCGAAGAAGCAGAAAGCACCUAUCAAGAGGAAAAGUAAACAGCUUUCAAGAGAAGACACACCAGUCCUCAACAUGCGCAGAAAUUUAUUUGGCACAUCAGAGACCCCCAUCUCCACUGAUAGACAUGUUAGCCAGAAUCAGGUUGUGGCAGACAGCACACAAGCUUUUGACAUUACUAGAACCCAGCCCUAUGUUACAUGGAAUGAGAGUCAAGAAACUAUCAAUUUUGGGUUGGAUGGAUCACAACCUGAGUAUAUGGAUGAGACACAACCGAAUCCAACAAUGAAUUUCAGCAAUUUUUAA